CAACCGCCCGCUUCCGUUCCGCCUCCUCUCCCCAGCUGCUGCUGCUUGCUGCUCCUGUCCUGUCCUGCACUCACUGCCCGCUUUUGGUCUUCCCUCCUUUAAACGACUUUCCCAUCUGCCGUCCGCUCAACCUUACCUUAAACCUACGCCCAGCCUCGUCGAAAUCCUUCCUUUGACCAAAACUGCGGCAACAACGGUUUAUUCUGGCUCUAAUUUAAUUCCUCUUCCUGCUUUUGCCCUACUCAAAAAGUCAAAAAAACUCACAUCGGAAUACUUGGCCCGCCUGCCAGAUCAGACAAGAACCUACUUCCAUCGUUUCAAAAACUGUCCAGCUUCCAUUUCGGCAUCGUCGAUCCGCUUCACUAAACCCCCCCUUCGAUCGCUCCACCGCCUGACCCCCCGAGACCACCACCUCUACACUCUCGACCAGCCAUCACCAGGCCCGCUGCCGAUUUCAGAAAGUAUACGUUCAAAGAGGGACUCCCGCCGCGAUCAACCCUUUGUCGCUCCAACCUUCGAAUUACUCCCUCAAACCGCUUCGCUUCGACACUUCCUCCUCAACACCCCCUUACCCCGCCUGUCCUGUCUUGCAGCUGCGAAAAAUCAGCGUUCGAAUCUCACGCUGAUUCACCGCCGAAUGACGUCGAACCGCUCGUUGAAACGUUCCUGAGUCCAACGCCAAGUGACAUCCCUAGACAUUUCACACCCAAGACAAUCCCCACGGCGCUUCCACACGAACCGAUCUCCCUCGACAUCCUUUUCCUCGCUGCAACGUCCCUCCCUCCCUGCUGUCGGCUUCGUUUCUCUAUCUCUCUCUCCCAAGUCGCUCCCUCUCGACGGAUGGCGUAGAAGGCUAUGGCCCAUGCCCCGUUGCUACGAAAUAAUACAACUCCGGCCUUUCAGCCAAACUCCAACGGAUUCAGUGGCUUCUCGCAGACCAGUAUGAACCAUGCGCCGCGCGCCAGCCAACUCUCGGGCUCGACAGCCUUUGCUGGCUCCUCGGCUUCGUUGAGUUCUCUGUCCACGGCUACGACCGCCACACCACAGAACGGCGGUCCCGUGCUAGCCACAGCGAAUAUUAUCAACCAAAAGGCCGACGCUUCACGAUCGCUUUACCAGAUUUGCAUUUCGCUCAAGCAGCGCUUGGCUCAGGUUCCUGGCUUCGAUCCCUAUCUCGAUCAACUAGACCCCAAUGAUCCUGUUGAUCCCCUAUGGAACCUGUUCCGAACAGGAUACCCUUUGCUCCUCAUUUACAAUGCCCUGCGACCUAAUGAAGAGCUCAAGGUCGAGGACCCUAGCGCUAAUGAAGCUAAGAAGUCCAAGAUCGCCAUCUUCAAAUUCGUUCAGGCCUGCAUGAAGGACCUAGAUAUUCCAUCUUCACAUAGUUUCGUGAUAACUGACUUGAUGGGUAACGAUACCAGCGGCUUUGUUAAGGUGACUCAAGUUGUUAAUUACGUCUUGGAUCGAGCAGAGGAACGCGGAUAUCUUCUUCAACCUCUACCAGAAUCCGGGGAUGGAAACAACGAGCCCACGGGCGGACAGAUGACCUACCGAGACCACAUCAUCCGUGAACUUGUCGACACCGAGCGAAAAUACGUUCAAGACCUCGAGAACCUGCACGACUUGAAGAAGACACUCGAACAACAAGGCGAAAUUCCUGGCGAUACUCUCCAUCAGAUCUUCCUCAACAUCAACGCCAUUCUCGAUUUCCAGCGCCGCUUCUUGAUUCGAGUAGAGACAACAAACUCCAUGUCUGCUGACGCCCAACGAUGGGGGGCUCCCUUCGUUAUGUACGAGGAUGCGUUCGACAUUUACCAGCCUUUUAUCGCCAACCAGCGUAAGGCGGCUAUGGUUGCGAAUCAGGUUUUCGACAAAAUUCAACGCUCCUCACACCCCGUGGCAGCCGAUUUCAAUACCCUGGAUGGUUUCCUGCUAAAGCCCAUGCAAAGACUGGUGAAAUAUCCCCUGUUGCUCAAGGAUUUGAACAAGAAGAGCGAGGAUGAUGAAGUCAAGAUAGAUCUGACCAGCGGUUGUGAAGCCGCAGAGCGAGUGCUGAAAAAGGCUAACGAAGCCGUUAACCGCGACUUGCUUGAUGAGGCCCUCGAGGAUCUUACAAGCCGAGUUGAGGACUGGAAAAACCACAAGGUAGAACAAUUUGGCAAGCUUCUCCUGCAUGGCGUGUAUGGUGUGAUCACCGGAAAGACAGAUCAAGAGAAGGAUGUAAGUCUGCUGGCCAGAUUCCAGGGGCCCGACACUAACCUUGAAAAGUACGAAAUCUACCUUUUCGAGUCUAUUCUCCUGUGCUGCAAGGAGAUAUCAUCAAGCAAGAGCAAGGAUAAGAAGGACAAGCUGCGGUCAUCAGGUACCAAGACGCGGAACAAGAGUGCCAAGCUUCAGUUGAAAGGCAGAAUUUUCAUGACUAAUGUAACUGAUAUUGUGUCCUUUUCUAAGCCAGGCAAUCAUAGCGUACAGAUAUGGUGGAAGGGAGACCCUGGUGUUGAGAACUUUGUCAUCAAGUUCUUGAACGAAGAGACUUUGAGGAAAUGGGUGAUGACUCUGGAGACCCAGAGGAAGCAUAACGUGCCGCGCCAGUCCUCAAACUCAGACUCGCUUUCAACCGACUUUGCCUGGACACGAGAGCAUGGGGCUGGAUUGGAGAAUCCAUACCUGCAGGAGGACGACGAUGAUGAAGACCUCGGACCAGCAACAGCACCCGCUGGAUACCCUACUGGACCUCCCGCGGGCAUCGUGCCUCGGACAGCUUCAACCAGUAACCUUCGCGCUCGGGCCGGAACCGGAGAGAGCUCUGCUUCACUGGCCGGUAUGGUGAGAGCGCCUCCGCCUCGAUUCCCUCUGCCAGCGCCCCCCGCACCGCUCAGCCUUCAGACAGCAGCAAAUGGUGCUCAUUCACCCGGCGCCUGGGCGGGCGAUAGCUACUUCUCUCCUGUCGCCGAGUCGCCAGCAUCAUCAAGAACCAGCACCGCCAGUGGAAUGUUCACAACGCCUCACUAUGGACUUCCCAAGAGUGCCACUCCUCAGCCAACAUGGGAGGAUGGUAACGGUAACCGCUACACCGCACCCGCCAUGCCACGUGCUCCCUCUCGCGACGGUCCUUCACCGAACCCUCAUGGACGUAACCCUCGUGGACCUUCACUGCCAGCAAUGGCCUCAAACAACCAGGCUGCUCUUGCUGCCCAACAGAGGAACCGCUCGUAUAGCACUCCUGAUAUUAACGGACCAGGAAUGCCACGCACACGACAGCCUAGCCACGGAAACAUUCCAGCGGUCCCUGGUAUUCCUCAACAUCUGCAUCCUGGUCACAACCCCAAUAUUGGCCGAGAACAAACAGGUUCACCUAGAAAUGAACAGCCAACUCGGGCUCAAACAAACAGCCCAGGCGCUCAGCGAGAGCGCAUGCACAAGCACACCGGCAGUGUGGGCGGCAGCAUGAACCACUUCCCUUCACAACCUGUUCAUCCACGAUCAAUGACGCCCGGCGCUGGAGGAAAUGCUCUUCGUGUUGACGCUGCUGCCGCCAACUCACGAACAGUGUCCCCAGCUCUUGGUACAGCAACAAUGCCACCAAACUCGAACCCUCUAAGCCCAGAAAUGCCCCUGCCAACACAGCUCAAGGUUCGAGUGAACUGCGAGGCAGGAAACUACGUCACCCUGGUCGUGGCUUUCAAUAUUACCUAUCAGUCUCUUGUUGAUCGCAUCGACGCCAAGCUCGCCCGCUUCACUACUAGCAGUAUCAGCAAGGGCCUGCUCAAGCUUCGAUACCGCGACGAAGACGGUGACUUUGUCGCAAUCGAAGGCGAUGAUGAUAUCCAGAUCGCCUUCAUGGAGUGGCGCGAAGGUGUCAGGAACAUGUACUCUGGAGGCGUAGGAGAGAUAGAGCUCUUCUGCGUCGGUGGCACUUCCUAGACAUCCUCUCACAGGCGCACACUCAAACGUCGAUCGACACCCACCACCCGGAGAGGAGGCAGAAAUGGUGCAUUGUGCUUAGGAUACCCACGGAUCAUUAAUCGCAUUUUUCGGCGCACGGAAAACAAAACAUUCAUAUAUUUACUUUGAAGAAACCAUCCAUGAUCAAAGGCACGAUAACGACCAAGGGCGUCUGGACGACUAGGCAAGGCCGAUACAUUAUCAUAUAGACGGCAAGCGAACUCGACUUUUCGAACACAUCUCUUUUUUCUAUCGUCACUAUCUAACGACAAAAACCGCCUACUCGAGCCACUCAUUCGUCCCAUGGACAUUAUUUUUCUUGGGUUAAGACUUCUUUUUGGUUCGGGAUGGCUUUGUCUUGCAUAGAAAUGGCUCAUUCGCAUUGUAUGCGUCCUUUCUAUUGUUAGAUUCAAGCUGUUUUCUGUACCGGGAUCAUUCAUCUUCUCAGUCACUUACAGCACAGUUUCAUGGGAUCCGGCGCUACUAUUAAGAAAUGGGGGCGUUUAUCAUCAUUCUCUUGAUUUCUCGUUCUUUGUCAUUUAACUUCUUCUUUUUUUGUGUCUGUCUUCUCAAGAUUCGGGUUUGUCGUUCCUUUUUGUUUUUGGGUGUGAUUCCCCCCAGCGCAAUAGAGGUGGAUGUGGGAAACUUGUGGCAUUGGGUGUGCGCCUUAUGAUGGGUAGAGUUGUUGAUUUGAGUAUUAGGUGUUGUGCAGAGCGAGGUAGUGAAAUGCAAACACUUUGAAUGAACUGGUCCGUCAUGCAUAUUGUGAUGUUGUAGCUAUAAGUCCCAUAAUCCUUUUCAUCCGCGUAUCGUCACC